CUUGACUUGCUAUUCCUUGUUCUUCUUUUCUUGGGCAAGAGAGACUGCAACGGCUGUGGCCGCCUCCGCAGAAGCUUAAUAUAUAAUUAUUUCGUCAUUUUGAUCUCGUUGCUUGAUUCGAGAAAGAGUGCGAAACUCUCAAAUUAAAAGCACGAACAACGCUAAAACAGCCCGCAUCUAUUUAUUAUUACUCCUUACAAUUUACCAUCUACAGGCCUACGACUACGGCUUCCCCAGAAUCACUGUCUCCCAUGGCACGGAUGUUGCCGUCGUUGUCGCUGCGUGUCCUCCCACUGCCAAACGUUCUCCUCCCUUUCCGCCCGUCGAGCAUUGCCAGUCGUCGUCGUCAACUGUCCCGUCAGUUCCGCAGCAGCACGUCCUGUCUGGAACCGCGUUGGCAACGCUCGUAGAAGCGUGGACAAUGCGGUCCGGACUGCACAUCUCCGGCGUAACGAUCCCCUUCCUCGCGCUCGUCAUCUUCUUCUCGUUGUUCAGCGUCGUGCCGUCCUUUCAGAGGCAGUGGGAUUUCCAUAAUCCAAAACCGGGUGAUGUUGGCUAUUAUCGCGAUCGGGUUCGACAAUUCUCCCUUGUCGAAGAUGAAUCGGUCGAAGCUAUCCCAAGAUCACGGGCGGCGGUUCGUGUCUUAUCCAACAGGCGAUGGUCAAUAAUUGGUCCCUUUUACGAUCCUGGUCCGAAUCCGAAUCGUGUAUCGCCGUUGGAAGGUUCGAAUGUGAAUACUCGUCCGCCGAUAGCUGUGACAGAUACGCUUUCCAGAUCCUCGUUUGGCCUCGCGCCGGCUUCUAACGAAAAGCAAAAUGAUACAUCACAUACUUACCCCAAGACAACUACGGCACUCAUGAAGGGGGUUCGGGCGUUGAAAACGUUCCUCGUCCGAAGGCUCGACGAUUCCCAAUUCUCUUCUUCUUUUUCAAGGACUGCGUCAAUGGAAGCCGCUACUACUACUCCCUCUCGCCUCUUCGCGGCCCCCUCUCACACAACAACCUCCUUUAAUAAUAAUAACGAUGGAUUUAGCGAAGAAUCGCACGUUAAUGGGUUUCUGACGAAGCCACCAGAACGAGGGACGACAAGCACAGGUGCAAGACAAACUGGGGUAUCUACCCGUCUCAGUGAAGCAUGGCAGCAGGCCUGUCAAACCGGGAUGCUUCUGUACCGUCGAGUAAGAGGGUUAUCGUUAUCGUUUCCCUUUCCAAUUACCGGGUCCCGUUCCAGGAAGGAAUCGGUAUUUCCACGCGCCGGGUAUCCCUCAUCCCAAACGGAAUUGAAAAGUCAGGCCAAGGUCGGCCCUGAUUCCGACUCGCAAUCGAAUAAUGCCUCUCGACAAUCGAACGACGGUGAUGGCCGUAAUGAUGAUAACAACAACAACAACAAUAAUAAUAAUGAUAAUACUAGAUCCCUUUACCCUUCUAUUGCUCCGCGGUCCUUCAACAACAUAUCAACUCUAUCUUCGGAGAAACACCACCACCUAAUGAUCUCCGAGCGGACGAAUGGCGAUGAAAACAACUACGGCAAUCCGGAUGACAUACGAGGCAGUUACAUGGCCAUCAUAAUAGGCUUGGUGGCCGGGAUCAUGUGGUUUUAAUGUUAUUUUUUUCCCUCUCUCCCUAGAUAUCAAACCAUUACAAGUUCUGAAUCACUGGAGGACGGUGGUAAUGCCAAAUUAUCAUGCAUGUUCACAAACCCCAACGUCUCCACCUCAUUAUAGAGCACUUUCAUCCAGCCAACAUCUUCCGGAGUACAUCCCUCCAGAGUAUCAUGCUCUGGUGGAAGUCCCCCAUGUGCAAAUAAUUCAUCCCCAUCCCGCUCCUCUGAUCUGGUAGGUUCAAGACUGAUUCCAAGGCACCCCGGUCCACUAUAAUAAAGAAUCGAUACCGGCCUGACCAUGCAAAACAUACCUUGUCAGAUGAGAUACCCUGCUCUUGCUGUGAUGCAGCUGCGGCCAUUAUUUAAAAUGGUCACGGAGAACAGUGGUUUCACACCAUUAAAAGAGGGAUCUACAGAGUGUUGGAGCAAAGCCAUCUAAAUCUAGACUAUUAUAGGACUCAAGGGAAAUGUUUAAUAUGGUAGAGAAAGUAAGUCAUGAACUUCUCCCAGACGGAGUUAUUUCGAUAUGUGCAGCGGUAAAUCGCAAAUCCAUCUUUUUGAAGGAGCCUCUCCAGCUCAUCUGCAGUGUUUAGGGUUGUUUCCAUAGUUGGGAGCCGUUUUGAUGGUCGCUCGGGGGCCUGCAAGGCAGCACUCAUUGUGGUUGAGAAGGAAAUUGCUGUUUGUAUCCUUGAAUACAUAGAUCGCAUCAGAAAACUUGCUUAAUAACACCGGUUAUCCCACCUUCAGCUUCUCGUUGGAAAUUUCCAACGAGA